CCUAAAUUUGAUCGCACUCUUAUAUCAAGACUACUAGAGAGAAGAACGUGAAAAGCCAUAAGCGGGUGAGGGAGGAAAAAAAACGCUUGUUCUCUCAUCAUCAAUCAAUUCAUCUCUUUUUCUUUCGCUCUGCUUCAAACAUCUGAUUCACUUCAAAAUCACUUUCUCUAGCUAUGGCUUUUCUGGUCUAUUUUCUGAUUUUCCUGUCCCUCACUGGUCACUCAAGUGCUUUAUAUUGUGUAUGCAAAGAUGGUGUCUCUAGUCAACUUCUUCAGAAGGCAAUUGAUUAUGCUUGUGGAACUGGUGCUGAUUGUAGCCCUAUUCUCCAAAAUGGACCUUGUUUCCAACCCAACACUGUGAAAGAUCACUGUAACUAUGCUGUUAAUAGCUAUUACCAGAGAAAGGGUAAUGUUCAAGGUAGUUGUGAUUUUGCUGGAGCUGCAGCACCUACUCAAACACCACCAACUGCAGCAUCUGGAUGUGUUUACCCUUCAAGUCCAGGCAAUGCAGGAACUCCAUCAACUGGAUCACCCGGUUCAACUCCAGGCACAGGAACCGGAACCGGAACUGGAACUGGAACUGGAACUGGAACUGGAACUGGCACCGGAUCAACUGCGGGUAGUCCUAAUGUUAUUGGAAUAAGUCCAUCAUCUACAAUUGAUGGUUCCUCAGCAGCUGGAGAGUCUUGUAUGAAAAACACAAACACCAUAUUGCUAUUGUCCCUUGUUAUUACCAUGUGUUUAGCCUUCAAGGUCUAAACUAAGGUACAAUGCUACUAGUGAAUUAGGAAAAUUUUAGGGGGUUUGAUGUGUGGAUGAAAUUUUGCACAACAACAUGAUGGUUAUUAUGUAAUUUUACUUAUGAGAAUCAUCUACAAGCAAAACCCCAUUUUGUUUUCUUCCUCCUAAGUUGAAAAAUUAAGUAGGCAAUUUGGUUUCUUGUUUAGUGGCUAUAUUUUGAUUAUGAUAAAAUGGGGUAGAAGUAGAACUUCAUUGGUUUCGUUUUAACCUUUUCUCAUUUGUAUAUCUAAGAUUGUGACUAGAACUAUUUUUAAAUUAAUUUGUAUAGAGGCCAGCUACCCCAUUUAUAAUCUA